GCCUCACGCUCAGCUCAGCGCACGAUGUGUCACUCUCGCAGCUCCCUCCCCGCCAUGACUGUCCUGCCUGCCCCGACCCCCGUGGUCUCCAGCCCCUCUGGGCCCCGGCGCGGCUCCGGUCCUGAGAUCUUCACCUUCGACCCUCUCCCGGAGCCCGCAGCCGCCCCCGCCGCGCGCCCCAGCGCCUCUCGCGUGCACCGAAAGCGCAGCCGCAGGGUUCUCUACCCUCGAGUGGUCCGGCGCCCGCUUCCAGCCGAGGAACCGAACCCUGCCAAAAGGCUCCUCUUUCUCCUGCUCACCAUCGUCUUCUGCCAGAUCCUGAUGGCUGAAGAGGGUGUGCCGGCGCCCCUCGCCCUGGAGGACGCCCCCAGUGCCGCGUCCUCGGCGCCCACCUCUGCGCCCCCGGCCCCCCAGCCCCUUAAUCUGACCUCGGAGCCCUCGGACUACUCUCUGGACCUCAGCACCUUCCUCCAGCAACACCCGGCCGCCUUCUAACCGUGACUCCCUACGACCCUCCAAAAGAACCCGAAAAACCAAAGAAACACCAGGCGUACCUGGUGAGUGAGAGUGUAUCCCAAACUGGGACUUCCGAGGCAUCUCACGGUCAACACUACAGCGAAAACGCCCGCCGGUGCCCGAAGCGAGACAAGGCCGCGAGACCCAGGCACGGACACGCCAGGCACGGACACGCCGGGGCUAGGCCUGGUGGGCGGGAGAGCGUCGUUAAUUUAUUUCUCAUUGCUUCUAAUUAAUAUUUAUGGUAUUUAAGUAUGUCCUCCUAGGUGACGGAGGGGUGUGCGUAAUAUUUAUUUUAACUUAUGCAAGGGUGCGAGAUGUUCCCCCCUGCUGUAAACGCAGAUCUCUUGGUAUUUAUUGGGCUUUGUGGGGUUGGCGGAGGCAGGGCGCCCGGAACCCAGGAAAAAGAAUGGGGACGAUCCGGGUGGAGCACGUCCCGAAUGCGAGUCAAGCCUGGUGGUGGGUCGUAGGUUUAGGGGGUGACACUCCGUCCUCCAGCAUCCCAACUCCGCGGGGUCUACUGUGUGGUCCGCGGCCUUCGAUCUUCUCCAAGUUGCCCCCUAGGGGGCGGCUGCGGGGUUAGGGUGGGUGGGCUGUCGCGGGGCGACUGCCGCGGUCGCCUGGUAUGUUCUGUGAACACAAAUAAACUUGAUACACAGUCAACAGUCA